CACACGUUAAUUAAAGUGCGCAUGCGCCCAUGUAGAAGGCAUCUAUUGGCACCUGCUGACUAAUUCAAAUAACGUCGCUCAAUCUUCACAACUCCGCACUAUGCCUGUCAGUCGUCAGGAAAGCCGUCAGCAACAAUAAAUCACUGAUCAUUUGAGGUUUUGGUGYUGCUUCAAUUAAAAGAUCAGCUCUUUUAUCAUUCUGGAGACAAUUAAUUUGAAGAGGUGGUGAAAAGCCGGGAAUAAGACGGCUUKUUAAUUCUCUAAGGAAGCGCUGUACUCUUCAUUGGUGUUUGACGUGAGAUCAGCAUUAAUGGGUUGAUGCAAUACUAGAACGAAAGCUAAGRCAAACAGUCAUCAGUCAGCUCCAAAGAAAGACAAAUACACUAACACUGUUUUAUCUGAAAUUUAUUUUUGCUACUGAUUGGUCCCUUGAUAGCUGUCAAGACAAGCAACUCAAACGACUCGACUCUUCCUGGAGACUUUCAAGAGUAAAUAUCAUAGACUCGCGAAAGAACCAACCUGUAAUCAGUCAUGUCGUCCACCAGACUAACAACGACGAUUCAGCCAAAUUUGACAAAUCAGUCGACCUCGUCCCAAAGUCCUUGCACUUCGACUUUCACUUCAGUUCAAUACACAUUAUUUGCAUUCAUUUUAGUCUUCUCCUUAAUGGGAAAUGGAUUCAUCUUCAUGGCGUUUAUUCUUCGCCGUAAACUGCGAACAGUUACCAACUAUUUCGUCAUGAAUCUGGCGGUAGCAGAUUGCCUUCUCAUAAUUGUAUGGAUAAUCUGGGGCGUCUUGGACAUCUUGUGUGUUAAACCUUUUCSUCAUCUAUAUUUGAUUCUACAGACAAUGGAAAUAAUUCUAAGCUCUGCCUCGGUGUUUGGGCUUGCCGUCAUAAGCUAUGAUAGAUUCUAUGCUGUUAACCGUGCCCUCCACUAUGGCUCGACGAUGACCCAUGGGCGUGCAAUGUUGGCGAUCCUUGGUGUAUGGGUCUAUUCAACAAUAACGUCCUUCAUCCGCUGGGGUGUACUUCAUGAUCGAUCCAACGGUUUAAUGUUCCUCCAGGUGUACAUGGUUUUUCUUUUUGUCGUUAACUUCUUCAUACCUUUUGUCAUCUCCUUGUAUUGCUAUGUGAGAAUCUUUCUCAUUGCAAUGCUGCACCUUCGACAAGGAGCUCCUGCCAACCAACUCUCUGACCCUCUUUCCAAAGCCUCAACGGUGCGAAAACAGUUGAAAAUAUCCUUAAACAUCUUCAUUCUAGCAGUUCCAUUUCUGUUCAUGUGGAAUGCGUUUCAUGGGAUCACACUAUACGAGAUACUAUGUCMAACUUGCCAGUCAGUCGUUGCACCUAAAUCUGCAGGCGAUGUUUUCAUUUCUAAUCUUCCACAGAUCGUGGCUGCCAUUAAUCCUCUGAUCUUCAUYUUCCUGACUAAAGAUAUGCGACUAACUGCAAUGRUGUGCUUACGAUGCUCCAAGACGAAACCAAGACGACAAGACUGGUUUGCUCAAUCUGACACCUAUUCUACGAGUAUGAAGGCUACUAUUAACUAUCAAACGACAAAUCGGAACGUCGAUACUUAGCUUCACCCUCUAAUCAAGCCAGAAAAUUCAUGAAAACGAACUUUCUGGUCAGUCGAAAUGAACUUGAGCUUAAAUUUUUGUUUUCCUUUCAUCCACGCAUUUAAUAUAGACGAACGAACAAACAAUAGAAAAAACACUGAUAGUUUGUGURUCCAACCCAUCAAACCAUGAACUGACAAACUGUUAAAUAAUCCCAAGAAACUGCCUCUUAAAAGUCUCAUUGUAGGCAUGCAUAUGUAAUAUACUGUAGAUCCGAACUAUUCAACUAAUGUGUGAGAAAAAGAGCDCGAUUCCACACUUGAACGACACCAGAAGAAUAACCUUAGAAAACGACAACCACAGUUCGAAYCAUUACUUCACAAUCAUGGACAGUAGCAAGUGGAUAUGGAGCUGGUUCAAUGCUACAGUCUUGCAUGGUAAUAUAUGGGACGACGGCGUUGUAGGUCUUGUAGUACAAUAUCAAGACCUGCAGUACAUUUUAUACGUGUCUACCAGUACAGAAAGUGCGAGGUUCAAUUGGUUUAAAAGUACGCAGCGAUAUCCUAUGUUUACGAGAACAUUCCUUCCGAAUCCCCUCAGAAAGAGGACUUCCAAGAAGACUCAAAAAAGCUCAUUUGUGGACAUCGUUAACCAAAUCAUGAGAACUGAUCAUAAAAACAAGUCGUGUGUGGUAUUUACUGCUUAAUCCUUCUUUAUUUUAUGAUUUGAUCAUAAUACUUGUUAUCGAGAUUUAGUUUCAGGUUUAAGAAAUAUGAAUACCUAUGGCAAUAUAUCAGGCUUAUUGAUGAGUGCGGUGUGUCGAGAUCUCGUGAGAUCGAUGAUCUGUAGGAUAUUCACUCAGACAACCAGAUCAAUAUUAAUAGCGUUUUAAAUCGAUAUAUCGAAGGUUUUAAACCAUAUCUGAAUACGAUUUUAAUGAGCGGAAUUACUAAUCCUGAUAAAUACUAUACAAUCGGAUCAUUGAGGUUUCGUGGAAAGUAAAUACUUCAAAUACCGCUUUAAUCCAAUAUGGAAUUUAAGAGAACCAGUUUCUUAGUAAAUCAAAUUUUGUUGUUUAUUCAUUUGUAUUUUUUUGGUGCCUUGAUUAUGUUAAGAAAAUUGUUGAUGGCUUUUUAAUUUGUUGCUGUGUCAAUAUAUUUAAUUAAGUCUCGUUUUCACCAUUUGUAUACUCUAUUUCUUCAUUUCCUUUCCCCUUAAAUCAUUGUAGCUGAAUCCAAACAAAUUUAUGACAUCAAAAUAAUACAUUAUUGACAUCUUUUUCUGAUGCCUUAUAAUGAAUUCAGGCAGUCGAGAGUUAAUUCUUAAAGUAGAGCAAAUAGCAUCGAACUGCCAAGGGAAAUUGGGCAGUUCGUAAGUAAAGUCGAGUAGGUAAAUUGCUACUUUAGCAGGAGAGAAAAUAUUCAAGAAUUUAAUUAUAUAUGAAUUGUAUUAAAUAGGGCUUGCAUUUUCUACAUUGACUUUAACCUCAGGGGAAAUUCAAAAUAAAAUUGAUUAAAA